CCUCGGUGUCCCGUCAUGGCGGGGGCCGGCGCCGGCAGCCGGGACAAGCGGGCGACGGCGGCGCGGCUGAAGGCGGCGCUGGGUGGCGAGGGCGGCGCGGCGGCGGCGGCGGAGCUGCGGGCGCUGCUGGAGCGGGUGCUGGCCCCGGCGGCGGGCCCGGGCGGCGGCGAGUCGGCGGGCGAGGCGCUGGAGUGGUGCCGCUGCCUGCUGUCGGGCGGGGAGCCCUGGGACAGCUUCGUGCAAGCCGUGCGGGCCUACGACCCGGCCACGCUGUGCGGCCUGGUGUGGACCGCCAACUUCGUGGCCUACCGGUGCCGGACGUGCGGCAUCUCGCCCUGCAUGAGCCUGUGCGCCGAGUGCUUCCACCAGGGCGAGCACGCCGGGCACGACUACAACAUGUUCCGGAGCCAGGCGGGGGGCGCCUGCGACUGCGGCGACAGCAACGUCAUGCGGGAGGCCGGGUUUUGUAAGAGACACCGGAUUAAAUCAAAUUCAAAUGUUCCAUGUGUCCCAAAAGACUUGUUGAUGAUGUCAGAAUUAGUUCUUCCGCAGUUCAUCUUUAGUCUUAUUCAGCACUUAAGAGAGGGAUAUAAUGAGCCUGCUCUUGAUCUGCCGUCAGAGAAGGACCUUCAUAAAAUCCUCCAGGUUUUGGAGCCUCAUGUUUCCUUUCUAGAAGACUUGACCAAAAUGGGAGGAGCAAUGAGAUCGGUUCUUACCCAGGUUUUGACUAGCCAACAGUUCUACAAAGAUCUUAGCUCUGGUAUUGGAGAGAAUGCAUGCACAAAGAAAAGUCACGAAAAGUAUCUCAUUGCUUUGAAAGGCUCUGGACUGGCAUUUCCCGAGGAUAAAAUUGCAUGUGGUAUGCAGGAACAAGGAGCUGGAACUAGUACAUUAGCUGUUCAAGGUUUAGCAGGUGCUACAGCAGCAUCAGGACAAGGAGAUUCUUCAGAUGAGGAGGACCAGGAUGGUAGCCAAGGUGUGGGAAAGCGCAAGAGGGUGAAACUAAGCAGCACCACCAAAGAUCAAUCUAUCAUGGAUGUUUUGAAGCAUAAAUGUUUUCUAGAAGAAUUAUUAUUUUGGACAAUAAAAUAUGAGUUUCCACAGAAGAUGGUGACUUUCUUACUCAACAUGCUACCAGAUCAAGAUUAUAAGAUUGCUUUUACAAAAACUUUUGUUCAGCAUUAUGCUUUUAUUAUGAAAACACUGAAGAAAAGCCAUGAAUCAGACACAAUGUCUAAUAGAAUUGUGCAUAUCAGUGUUCAGUUGUUCAGCAAUGAAGAACUAGCACGCCAAGUAACAGAAGAAUGCCAACUGCUGGAUAUUAUGGUCACUGUUCUGUUGUACAUGAUGGAAAGUUGCCUUAUUAAAAGUGAAUUGCAAGAUGAAGAAAAUAGUUUACAUGUUGUGGUGAAUUGUGGGGAAGCACUACUGAAGAAUAAUACCUACUGGCCCCUGGUUAGUGAUUUUAUAAACAUACUUUCACACCAAAGUGUGGCAAAGAAAUUUUUGGAAGAUCAUGGUCUUUUGGUAACAUGGAUGAAUUUUGUAUCAUUUUUUCAAGGUAUGAAUUUAAAUAAACGAGAAUUAAAUGAGCAUGUGGAGUUUGAAUCGCAGACAUACUAUGCUGCCUUUGCUGCUGAGCUGGAAGCCUGUGCCCAGCCAAUGUGGGGUCUUCUGUCACACUGCAAAGUCAGGGAAACACAGGAAUACACACGGAAUGUUGUCAGAUACUGCCUUGAAGCGCUUCAGGACUGGUUUGAUGCUAUCAACUUUGUAGAUGAGCCAGCUCCUAACCAAGUUACUUUCCAUUUGCCAUUGCACCGUUACUUUGCCAUGUUUUUAAGUAAGGCUGUCAAAUGCCAAGAACUAGAUCUGGAUACUAUCUUGCCAGAUCAGGAGAUGCUGAUGAAACUAAUGAUUCACCCGCUUCAGAUUCAGGCAAGUCUUUCUGAAAUUCACAGCAACAUGUGGGUUAGGAAUGGUCUUCAAAUUAAAGGACAGGCCAUGACUUACGUGCAGUCCCAUUUCUGCAAUUCCAUGAUUGAUCCUGAUAUUUACUUGCUGCAAGUCUGUGCCUCUAGACUGGACCCAGAUUAUUUUAUUUCAUCUGUUUUUGAAAGAUUUAAGGUGGUAGAUCUAUUAACGAUGGCAUCACAGCAUCAAAAUACAGUUCUUGACUCAGAGCACGAAAGGUCCAUGCUGGAAGGAGCCUUAACAUUUUUGGUCCUUCUGUUAAGUCUUCGUUUACAUUUAGGAAUGACAGAUGAUGAGAUCCUCAGAGCAGAGAUGGUAGCCCAACUCUGUAUGAAUGACAGGACACACAGUUCAUUAUUGGAUCUCAUUCCAGAAAACCCCAAUCCCAAAAGUGGUAUUAUUCCAGGAAGUUUAAGCUUUGAAUCAGUCCUGUCAGCUGUUGCUGACUUUAAAGCUCCUGUUUUUGAACCUGGAGGUUCCAUGCAACAAGGAAUGUAUACACCUAAAGCUGAAGUUUGGGACAAGGAGUUUGACCCUGUCAUGGUAAUACUUCGAACAGUUUACCGUAGAGAUGUGCAGUCUGCAAUGGACAGAUAUACAGCAUUUUUAAAGCAAAGUGGUAAAUUCCCUGGAAACCCAUGGCCUCCGUACAAGAAGAGAACACCACUACACCCAAGUUACAAAGGUCUCAUAAAGCUUUUGCACUGUAAAACCCUGCACAUCGUGCUCUUCACACUUCUUUACAAGAUAUUAAUGGAUCAUCAGAAUUUAUCAGAGCAUGUGCUUUGCAUGGUUUUGUAUUUGAUUGAGCUGGGGUUGGAAAAUUCUCCAGAACAAGAAUCAGAUGAAGAGGAAUCUGCAGGUGGACAAGAGCGUUGCCAUGAUAGUUGGUUUCCAGGUAGUAACUUGGUUUCUAACAUGCGUCACUUCAUUAACUAUGUCCGAGUAAGAGUACCAGAAACUGCUCCAGAGGUGAAGAGGGAACCACCUGCAAGUACGAGUUCCGAUGGUUUGGCUUCGUCACAAAGUUCAAGGCGGAAGAGCCUCCAGAGAGAGAAUUCAGGAACAGCUCAAGUGUUCAGUUUGGUCGCAGAACGUAGGAAGAAAUUUCAGGAGAUCAUCAAUCGGAACACCAGUGAGGCAAAUCAGGUGGUUCGGCCCAAAACGUCCAUGAAAUGGUCAGCACCUGGUGCAACUCCACAGCUAACCACAGCCAUUCUAGAAGUCAAGGAAAGCAUACUGUCCUUGCUGAUUAAAUUGCAUCACAAACUCUCAGGAAAACAAAACUCUUACUAUCCUCCGUGGUUGGAUGAUGUGGAUGUUUUAAUCCACCCAGAAAUUCCAAGAUACUCUCACGGUGAUGGAAUGACGGCAGUAGAAAGAAUUUUAUUGAAAGCUGCUGUACAGAGCAGAUUGAAUAAACGUAUAAUUGAAGAGAUAUGCAGGAAGGUGACACCUCCUGUCCCACCAAAAAAGAUUAGUUCUGCAGAGAAGAAAACUUUGGAUAAAGAAGAAAGACGUCAGAAGGCUAGAGAAAGGCAACAGAAACUGUUGGCUGAAUUUGCCUCAAGGCAGAAAAGCUUCAUGGAAACUGCCAUGGAUGUUGAAUCUCCAGAUGUUGAUGUCGCCAUGGAGGUAGCUACAUCUGAACAGCACGUUUCUGAGGCAAUAUAUGAUUGUGUUAUUUGUGGACAAAGUGGACCUUCUACUGAAGACAGACCUACAGGACUAGUUGUACUAUUACAAGCAUCCUCAGUGUUGGGGCAGUGCCGCAAUAGCACUGAACCAAAGAGACUGCCAACUACCGAGGAGGAGCAAAUAUAUCCUUGGGAUACCUGUGCAGCCCUGCAUGACGUGAGGCUUUCAACUUUACAGAGAUACUUCAAAGAUAGUUCCUGUCUGCAAGCAGUGUCAAUAGGCUGGGAAGGAGGUGUUUAUGUACAAACAUGUGGUCACACUUUACACAUAGAUUGUCACAAAUCUUACAUGGAAUCUUUACGGAAUGACCAAGUCCUCCAGGGUUUUUCAGUGGACAAAGGAGAAUUUACCUGUCCCCUCUGUAGGCAGUUUGCUAACAGUGUUCUUCCUUGUUAUCCUGGAAACAACGUGGAGAGAAGUGUUUGGCAAAGUCAUAGUAACAAGUGUAUGCAAGACCUUGUACAAGAGGUGGAAGAUCUUCAAGAACAGCUGGGAACUUUCCCAGUAAGCAUCAGUUCUGAAACCAAUCUCAGUAAAGAAAUGGAAUCUGUAAUGAAAGAUAUAAAAAGUACCACACAGAAGAAGUAUACAGAUUAUAGUAAGAGUCCUGGAUCACCUGACAACGAUUUCCUGUUCAUGUAUUCUGUAGCCAGAACAAACUUGGAACUUGAACUGGUCCAUCGAGGAGGAAAUUUGUGUUCAGGAGGUGCAAGCACAGCUGGGAAAAGAUCAUGUUUAAAUCAGCUGUUCCACGUUUUGGCCAUGCACAUGCGCCUCUACAGUAUAGACUCUGCAUACAAUCCCUGGAGAAAACUAACCCAGCCGAUGCAGGAUAAAAAUUCAGAGCUGGUAAGUGAAGAGCUGCCAGAAGUUCCUGUGCUUUACAGAGAUGUCUCGUCCCUUUUACUUAUCCAGAUUUUAACCAUGCCUCAACCAUUGCACAAAGAACACUUCACCUGCAUUGUAAAAGUGCUGUUCACUUUAUUGUAUACUCAAGCCUUGGCAGCAAUUUCUGUUAAAUGUGGUGCUGAAGAUAGGCUGGCAUGGAAAGAGGCAGGAGCUCUGAAAAAGAAUACAUCCAGUGGAGAAAAAUCUUGGGAAGUAUUGCUGGGUCAUGUGAUUAGUGAGCUGUCUAAGGGGAAGAUAUAUGAAGAAGGAGACACCGAAGAAUUAGCAGUGGUAAAUCCGGAUUCUGUAGAGCGUGAUCUCCAGCAGUUCUGCCUGCCUUUCCUCAGGAUCACAAGCCUUCUUCAACACCAUCUUUUUGGAGUGGAUUUGCCUAGUUGUCAGGAAGAGGAAGAAUUCACAGUUCUUGCAAGCUGCCUGGGUCUGUUACCAUCUUUUCAGUCAGCUCACCAGUUCACCAGUGCCUCUUGUCUCGAUUGGCCAGUGCCAGCAUUUGACAUGAUAUCACAGUGGUGCUCAGAAUUGGCUUCAUUUGCUGAUAGACAUCCAGAUCAAGUAAAGGCUUUGCUUAUCCAGGAGCCUAAAUGGGACUUGCCACGCCUCCUUCAGUUGCCUGAGAAUUAUAAUACUAUUUUUCAGUAUUAUCACAGAAAGACUUGUUCUGUUUGUACCAAGGUUCCUAAAGAUCCUGCUGUUUGUCUAGUUUGUGGUACUUUUGUAUGCUUGAAAGGACUAUGUUGCAAACAACAGAGUUACUGUGAAUGUGUACUGCAUUCUCAAAACUGUGGAGCUGGGACAGGAAUAUUUCUUUUGAUUAACGCAUCUGUUAUCAUCAUCAUACGAGGCCAUCGUUUUUGCCUUUGGGGUUCUGUUUAUCUAGAUGCACAUGGUGAAGAAGACAGAGAUCUUAGGCGUGGUAAACCCCUCUACAUAUGCAAGGAAAGAUACAAAGUGCUUGAGCAGCAGUGGGUGUCUCAUACUUUUGAUCAUAUCAAUAAAAGAUGGGGGCCACAUUAUAAUGGCUUGUAAAUCAUCAUCAUCAUCUACACACCAUAUCACUGCUGUUACCAUGAAUGAAUGCAUCGUGACUGACAAUAGCUUUAACCGAAUUGGAGUUUGGCUCUUUGGCGCGGGGUGAAGUGGGGUAUGGGCAUAAAAGGGAAAUGGAACUUUGUCAACAUGUGAAAUCUUUGCAAAACGAGCUGUUGUUGCUACUAAAGAAUGUUAUAAUAAUUGAAAUUAAAUCCUCAAAAUGGUGUGAGCAAUCUGAUUGCACUCAGUAGUCCAUUUUGCUUGUGUUUUUUUAAAGCCCAUUAUUGUUAAGAAGCACAAAUUUUACUUAGAGUUAUUUAGAGGCUCCAGGGGUAGCUGUCAGGUUUUUAUUUUUCUCUGCAUGGAGUUGAGUUUUUAGCAAUUUUUGCUGAAACUGUGUAUAUGUCUACUACAUUUACUAAAUAUGUUGGAUAAAAUUUCUUUGCCUUUUUUGUGUUGGCUUCAGGUUUUUGCUUGAUACGCAUUUGUAAUUAGACAGGUCUGUAAAACGAUUGUGAGACUGCAUGGUAACAAUCGGUAUGAAAGCUGAAUUUUAAAGAGAAUUUCACUUAUAAGAGGUCUAUUGAAAUAUUUCAGGCAUUACUGAAAAUGUAUGCAUUCUCAGGAAAUUCAUAAUUUUUUUUCUCCAUGAAUAAAUGAAAUAGCUGUACAUUAGGUUUCUUAUUGCUCUUAAUCUAAUCCAGAACACACAUUCUGUCUUCUUUUUUUUUUUUUCCAGAAAGGACAUUUUUUUUCAUAUAAAUUGAAUAAACUUUUAGUGAUAACAUACAGAAAUAUAACAUACAGAAAUUGCUGUAUAUAGAGAAUUUGUAUGGUGCCCGACAUAGCAGAUCCCAGUUAUAAGCAUAAUGACCAUAAGCCUCCUGUCAUUCCAAACCAGAUGUAUGUUUCAGAAUGAUUGGAUUGGGAAUGUGCAGGCUAUUAAGUGAAACAUAAUUUUGUACCUCUGCUGUCAUUUCAGGAGGUUCCUCUAUAUUGUAUUUGUUUAAAGUAAUCACUGUUCUUUCUGCUUGGUUUCCUAAAAAAGGAAAAAUAAAUAAAGAGAAAAAUCAACAGAGGUAGCCUGGAUGAACAACCAAUGCAUGUGCAGCCUCACUGGAUGAAUGCCAAAAGAGUUUAUGCUUAGAGGACUAAGAAAUUCAUGAGAACAGGCAUGACUGGGCUAAACCCCACAGUGUAAGUAGGUAGGAAAGAUUAUAGUUAAGAUACUGGUAUGUAAUAUAUUGCUACUAAUGUUUUUCACAAGUGUUGGACAUUCGUUGGCUAUUUCAUACAGUACUACCAAGCAGUUCCUGGUAGUUUUGACUUUCAUAGCUUGCGUGUAAAAUAAAAUUUAUAUGUGUAAAAUAAAAACAUCUUAUGAUAAAACCACAUAUACAAAGAAAAGAGUUCCCCAGUGGAAGUCAUUACCUAGUGAAAAGUGUAUAGGGGAAAUAAAAUUACUGUAUAGCAAUCAAGAACAGACCGAAGGAAAAGUAAGUAAAUACAAUGAGUUUUUCUGAAUAUCUGCAAUUUGAAAACCCUACAAUAAAGGAUGCUGGUUUUUAUACAUACAUAUAAAUAUAUAUAUAUAUUUCAAAAGAAUUACAGUACUUCCUGUAAGAUUAGAAUUACUCUGUUUCACCAACUAAAUGGCUGUGUCUUUUCCAAAAUAGUACUUUUUUGAUACUGUAUUAUAAGUUCUGCCUGUGAUAUUUUUGCAUUGCUCACUAUGAAUAUCAGGCCAUUUUGUAAAUGUGGUUAAAGAGCAAAAAGAUUCUUUACAUUGCCAGCAUAAUAUUAUUACAGGGCUCCUGAACUUGAGUACAUCUGUAGUUUGAAGCUCCAAUGCUAUAUAUACAAGAGAUAAUGUGUCCGAAAUUUGAUUACUGUGUUUUAUUUAAAAUGGAAUGUUCUCUGGUUGUGCAUAUGGAUGUGAAGUAAAACUAUUAGCCUUAACUUUAACAUCUGGGUAUUUCAUAGUGUUUAUUAUAGUACUGGUGAAUUAGUCACCAGUCGAUUUAAAAACAACAACAACAACAAAAAAUUACUUGGUUGAAAAAUUGUACUUGAAUAUCCUUGCAUGCUGCUAAACAAGAAUUUUUAUUUCCCCCAUAACUUUUUUAAUCCUACUUUGUUAAGCUAACCUUGAAAAAUAACAGGUCCAAACUAGAGUGGUGUGUGCGUGUAUUACUCAAAUAUUCUGAUGUGAUAUCCUGUAUGAAUGAUCAUUUAAGUACAGUACAUUACUGUAGAAUCUAAAUCAACCUUGAUAACACAUCAGAAGAUUAUAAAACUAGGAAUACAGUAAUCGGCAUUGUAAGAUAUGUUAAUAAAAGUCUACUGUCAAUCUGUGUGUUCAUGAAUUUUUUUCUCUCUAUCCCAGUCAUCCAAAAUGACAUUGAAUUCCACCCAAUAGCCAGGCAAUUAUUUAAAUGUUGAAAGCUUAUGCAUGCAAAAUACUUUGCAUAGACAGUAAACCUGGUAUGUGUUUUGUUACUUACAGUCAUGUAUUUUGUAUUAGUAAUUUGGAUUAUUUUACUCAUAAGUAUAGCACUUAAAGUUGUGCUUAAUUUUAUGCCAGCUAUUACAGCAUUGCUGCUGCAAAAUGCUGAAGUUAAAAUGUUGAGUUGAGAAACUGUACUUCUGGGAUAACUGUGCUUGAUCUUUUCUGUCAAAUCUGUUUCUGGAAUAACUAUUUCUUUGAUUUGAUGAAUGUACAUAUUUAUGUAUUAAAUUUUUCCUUUUCUUUUGACCUUUGA